GACUACCUUGUAUACUAAACAGCUUUUAAUUUCACUCUCAGUGUCAAAGAUGGGAUUGCUGGGAGCCAUAGGAUUGUCUUUGGCUUUGGUGUCUCUCACACAGAUACAUCAGUGCAGCGCAGCAUGUCAAAUAUUGUCAGCAAGGUCAACAAGCGCCUCUUCCAUUUUCAUAAGUUGGGAAAGUUAUCCUGAAGCAACAAGCUAUUUGUUGGAUGCCAGAAAGACAAACUCUACAGACAGGGCACCAAUUAUCCUCGUAUCAAGGGGGCAGUUGACCGAGAGGACCAUCCAGGGUCUAAAUGCUGGAACCGAGUACAUUGUAACUCUUAAAGUGGUAAAAUUUUUAUCAGUAGACUGUGUGACGUCAGUGACGGUAACAACAGUACCAGACACAUCACAAAUUAUAGAAGGCCGGCCCCAUUCAAGUACUUCUAUUGCUUUAAGAUGGACUACUGUGCCGUCGGCACAAUACUAUGUCCUGCAGGUGUUCUCCCAGACUACAGGAAAUAUGUUAAACUUCAGCCUCACCAACACAUCAACUGUGGUGAGAAACCUGCAGCCCACCACCAACUACGACUGCUAUGUUUACACAGUUAAUGGGGCCGGCAUGGGAAGCAGGAGCAAAGUCAGGACCAUUACAACAUUGGUGCAGCCUCCAGUUGGAGUGGAAACAACACAAACACAUGCAGGAACGGCAAGAGUUACAUGGGAUCCAGUGGAGAACGUCCUGAUGUAUCAAGUCGCUGUACAGAACAUCGAUGAACCCACCAAAAAGCCUUCUGUGUACAAUGUCACAGAUAUCAAGCUGGAUAUUAAUGGCAUUCUCCCAUGCUCCGACUAUUUGAUAUCCGUGUCCUCAUUUAGCAAGUUCCUACAGCUGAGCGAGCCGACAAACCACAACUUCACCACAAACAAGUUGGAGCCGGUGUCAUCAGUAUCAGUGGACUACACAUGCACAACAAAUUCUGUAGAGGUUUCCUGGCUGGCUGUCUACGGAGCAGAAUCCUACAUUGCCACAGCAAUGGGUCAAGAUGGAACGGAGAAGGAGUGCAGGAGCCAGAGCACUAGCUGCACCAUCACCGGGCUGGGAUGUGGUCAACCCUACGAGGUGCAUGUGACGCCUAAGGCCGGUGACUGCAAGAACCGUUUCAAUGCCACUUCAGCUUCAUUUCAAACUGUCUCCUGUCCUCCUGGGAACCUGAUGUUGUUGCGUGAAUGUCGUAGUGACGUUAUUGUCUUCUCAUGGAAUCACACAAGUGACGCAGAUCACUACAUGGCCCAAGCUGUGGACUCAAAGGGGGAAGUCAUGCAGUGCAUGACUGAAGAAAACUCAUGCUACUUCACAAACACAGUGUGUGGUCGACGGUAUGACUUCACAGUGUCCUCCAUCACAGAUGGCUGCUUGAGUGAGGUUAGCUCAUCCGUUAACAUCGAAACAGCACCCUGCAUUCCCCAGAAUUUGCAAACCUCAGCCAGCUGCAACAGUGACAUUCUGGUCAGCACAUGGGACAACGCUGAGGGGGCCUUGUGGUACACUGUUGAGGCUGAAGGUAACACCAGAAACAGCAGGUAUAACUGCAGCUCACAAUCGAACAGCUGCGCCAUGGAGGGGGUCCUCUGCGGAGAUCAGCUGACCAUGACCAUUACAGCUUUCAACGACGAAUGCAGCAGUCCACCACGGUUAGGACCUCCUGCUGAGACCGUCCCUUGUGUCCCCCAGAAUGUGUCUGCUGUAAAGGAAUGUGGAUCCAACUCCAUCAGGGUGACAUGGAAGAUGAACAGCGGAACGCUUUUUUACGUAGCUUUUGCAAAGGACAGUGACAAUGUGGUUCGUAGCUGCAACUCUCUUGAUGCAACCUGUACGAUCAGUGGUUUGAAGUGCAACAGCAACUACACUGUCUACGUCAUUGCCUCAAAUUUUUACUGCAACAGCUCAGAAAGCGAGAUGAUCACCUUGACGACAGCUGCCUGUGCCCCAGAUGAUGUAACUGCUUCCCUGGACUGUACCUCUAACGAGGCUCUGAUUUCAUGGCAGUGGGCAUCACCAAUAAACUCCUUCACUGCCACUAUAUGGGAUGGAGUUGCUGUCCCUCUCAGCUGUAGCUCCACCACAACCAGUUGUAAAGUUCCCAACCUAAAAUGCGGUCGGCUGUAUAAUGCCUCUGUGUCCCACAAUGAUGCUGACAACUGCUCCAGCGUACCUUCUGAGUCCAUCCAGAUGGAGUCUGUUCCUUGUGGUCCUGCUAAUGUCCAUGUAAGAGUGGACUGUGCCUCCGGGGCUGUGAACAUCAGCUGGGAUGCUCAGAGAACAGCAGAGGGCUACAUCACUGUAAUAUCAGAUGCAAACAACAUGAUGACUCAGUACAACACUACAGAACCCACUCUGAGCAUUGGCUCAAACGAGUGCGGGCAGGAGUACACGGUGAAAGUGAUGUCGUUCCAUCAAAGCUGUGUCAGUUUUACAUCAGAAACACACUUUAAAGAAGCUCCAUGUGUACCGACUAACAUGAUGGCAAACAGAAACUGCGGGCAGGAGUUUGUAGAAGUAACCUGGCAGGCAAGUCGUGGAGCCCAGAACUACACAGUGACUGCAGUGGACGAGAAUGGCAACCGCUUGACGUGUGCUUCCAGUGAAACAUCAUGUCGACUGGACGGCGUAAUGUGUAGCCAUGUUUACAAUGUCAGCGUGGCUGCCAUGGAAGACUCAUGCACCAGCUUAAGCAGCCCACCAGUGACACUACAUAUAGAACCCUGCCCUCCAUCUGAACUCACUGCUUUACUUAACUGCCCUGACAACUCUGCAAAUUUAACAUGGGGUAGCAGCCUCAACGCAGUGUCCUACACGGGAAAGGCAAUGAGCUCAGAUGGCCAUACUGUAACCUGUGAAGCAGGUCUGACACUUGGGUGCCAGCUGAAGGGCCUGCAUUGUGGCAAGAAGUACACCUUCACUGUGUCAGCCUCGGAUGGUGACUGUCGCACUAUAGACAGCGAACCGGUCAGUCACACAACUGCUCCAUGUGCAGUUCAGGAUGUGCUCACUGAGAUCAACUGCAGCACCAACGCUUUGAGCAUAAGUUGGACCCCUCAGUCCAUCCCGGUCAACUACAGCACCACUGCAGUAGGUGCAAAUGGCACCAUGCUCAGCUGUCUCUCAGAGGAUAACAAAUGCACAUUAGUUGGCUUGCAGUGCGGUGAUCAAUACACUGUGAGCGUGAAACCCAUCAGCAGCACAUGUGAAGGCCAGAGCAGCGUCCCAGAGAGUGUAAAUUCAGCUCCAUGUGUUCCAUUGAACGUUCAAGGAAACGUGGAAUGCUCCACCAACACAUUGCAGGCGUCCUGGGAUGCAGCUGCUGGAGCUACAUCCUACAUCUCCUUACUUAAGGGAGCAGGAGGUGCCCCUGCUUCCUGUCAAACACCUAACCAAAGCUGCUCUUUCCCUAAUCUGCAGUGUGCUCAGAUUUACAGUUUCAGCGUGGUGGCCAUCAAUGACAGAUGCAACAGCACAGAGAGCAGCAUUGUCACCACAAAAACUGCCCCAUGUGACCCUGCAAAUGUGGCUGCCUCUCUAAACUGCCUCUCUGAUGUGGUGACCGUGACGUGGAGCGCCAGCGCAGGAGCGGAUCAAUACACGGUUUUGGCUGAGGCUAGCGGUCAUGUAGACUCCUGCAACUCAACCGGUACCUCCUGUGAGCUGACCGAGUUGCAGUGUGGAGAGAACUACACGGUUACUGUGCUGGCAGGGGACACAAUGUGCAACAGCUCCAUUCUUGCCAAAACAAAUGUAUUAACAGCUCCCUGCACCCCAGUGAUAACAGACUACUCUCAUCACUGCAUCACUAACAACACUUUGGUUACAUGGGAUGAGGAUGAGGAUGCUGUCAGUGUAACAGUCAAUGCCAACUCGGACCGGGGACACUCUUUGUCAUGUAGCUCUUCCUCCAACAACAGCUGUGUCUUGGAUAAUCUGCUCUGUGGACACACUUACACGGUCCAAGCUGUUGCCAACGGAGUUCAGUGCAGCAGCAAACCCAGCCCUACUUUUCAGAUUAUCACAGCACCAUGUACUCCUCGUAAUGUUGAGUACCAGUACUACUGUGGGUCUGGGAUUGCCCUUGUAAGCUGGGACGAAGCUUUGGGGAGAGACAGUUUUCACGUUCGUGCUCACUCUGGGACACACGCAGUCUUCUGCACCACCUUUCAAGACACUGACUGCUCGCUGCCUCCGCUGCUGUGCAGCCGCACGUAUGAUGUAGAAGUCAUAGCUGUGGCUGACGGCUGCAAUAGCACUAUGCCCGGUGUCACACAGAUACAGACAGCUCCAUGUGCACCUACUAAUCUCAGCGCAUCACUGUUGUGUGAAAACAACACGGCGGAGGUGAGCUGGGAGCACACCCCCGGAGCAGUAAUGUACAGCGUGACGGCAACUGGGAGGAAUGGUGACCGGAAGCAAUGCACCACAAACACCUCAAGUUGUCAGCUACCCAACAUGCACUGCGCUCAGACCUACCUAAUCGUCGUCAGCCCCUCCUCUAAUGUUUGCAAAGGCCAAGACUCCUUAACAUACACGUAUUAUGCAGGACCCUGCCCUCCAACAAACAUUAGAGCUUCUUUGCAGUGUGCCGGUAACAUAGGCCAUGUUUCCUGGGAUGCUGCGCUGCGGGCCGAGAUGUAUGAGGUUAUGACUCUGCCUUCUGUCAUGGAUGAACGUGUCCACAACUGUUCCACUGAUGGAACAAACUGUUCCCUCACGGAACUGCACUGCGGCGAGACGGUCGCCAUCACUGUGGUCACCAUAGAGAGAGGCUGCAGGAGCCAACCCAGUGAACCACUCAUGUUCAAAACAGUGAUCUGCCCGCCCACUGACCUUAGCACUGUGACAACAUGCAGCAACAACGACAUCACAGUAAGCUGGAAUCUGAGUCCAGAAACAGGAGCUCAGUACUUCAUCCACUCCCAAAAAGAUGAAGGGGCGGCCACCAACUUCACGUCACUACAACCCUUCUACUUGGUCAGUGGGCUGCACUGCAGCGAGCUGUAUACAUUCCAGGUUGCUGCUCUGAACUCUCAGUGCAGCAGCGUCUUCAGUGAACAGAUCCAAGCCGAAACAGCUCCUUGCCCUCCAUCCAAUCUGACUGUCAAAACUGAAUGUGGCACCAAUAUGGCGAUUCUGGGCUGGGAUGUUAGCAGAUACGCCAUCUCCUACACUGCCACAUUUACUGGUACCCACGGCCAUGUGGUUUCCUGCUCUACCAACACCACAAGCUGCUCCGUAAAGGUGGACUGUGGACGCCAGUACUCUGCAGACGUAGUCGCCUCCACUGAAACCUGCAACAGCAGUAACUCAGCUGUUUUAACCUUUGACUCAGCUCCAUGUUUGCCCGACCAGGUGGAAGCAGAGCUAGAUUGCACUGCCAACUCCUUUGCGGUGCAGUGGAGAGGAACCUUUGGUAAUUCGGCCAUGUACACUGCAAUGGCCAUCGCCAAUGACAACUCACGAGUGAGCUGUGAGACCAGCAGCACCCAGUGCACCAUCCAGAACCUGAAAUGUGGCGUCCUAUACAGCAUUGUCGUCACCACUGCCUCCAUCGACUGUGGGACCAUCAAUGGCUCAGACUACCAGGUGUACUCAGCUCCCUGCAAGCCAGACAACGUGUCACUGAAUCUGCAAUGCAGCACCGACGUGGCGUUGGUCACCUGGGAAAAUGCGGGGCCGGAUCAGCAUCAGGUGGUGACGGCCAUAGACAGCAGAGGACAGGCCACAAUCUGCAACUCCAGCAGCUCCAACUGCACCUUCGACCAGCUGGAAUGUGGGAAGAAGUACGCCAUCAGUGUUACUGGCUACACUAACUCCUGCAGCAGUGAACCUACCGUUGCAAAAGAGCUCAGCACAGCUCCAUGCAUCCCUACACAUGUCAAAGCACUAGUGGACUGUGAGAGUGGGAUCACCUCUGUGACAUGGGAUGAAGCUCUCGGUGCCACAUCGUACAUCGUCUAUGCUCGGGGAAGCCUAGGCUACAACACCAGCUGUACAAAUAAUAACUUCCACUGUAACUUCUUUAACCUGGAAUGUGGGCAGGACUACAACUUUACAGUGGUGGCUCGACAUGAUAGCUGUGUCAGUUCGGCAAGUGAGACCAUCACUGUCAGCUCAGGCCCAUGUCCCCACAGUGGUUUGCAGACAUCGCUGGAUUGUGACACCAACACAGUCAUGGUAUCUUGGACUCCUGGCAGGGGUAUCCUCUACUACAACGCCUCAGCUGAUCCUUUUAACAUUGCCCAAGAGCAGAGCUGCUCAACCAAUGGCUCUUCUUGCAAUAUCACCUCCCUGGACUGUGGUGAGAGUUACAGAGUUAGUGUCAGUGGACAGGGACACGGCUGCCCGAGCCCAUCUCAGAGCUGGAACAGAAUAAAUACAGCUCCUUGUCCUCCCACCCAACUCAGGGUCAACUCUUCCUGUACAUCAAACAACAUCUCAGUGUCAUGGCAGGCUUCAAAAGGUUCAUUGUCAUACAUGGCGGUGGCUGAAAAUGCAGAUGGUCACAAGUGGUCGUGUAACACGAGCAGCACCACCUGCCAAAUUCCUGAACUGCUGUGUGGACAGGAGUAUAAGGUCUAUGUCAUUGGCAUAGACCUGACGUGCAUUGGAGCUAUGAGCGAAAUAGAAAUGAUUCGUACUGCUCCAUGUGUCCCAGACAACAUUCAGAAACAUCUUGACUGCCCAUCUGGGGUCCUCAACGUGACUUGGGAAUCCUCAGGUUACUUCACAAAGUUCCGGGCUACUAUAGUGAGCGGCAAAGGUCACACCAGCGUCUGCAAGACAGAGAAGCAUUACUGUGUAGUGCGCAAUAUGGAGUGUGGGAUGACAUACAAUGUGAGCGUUACAGCCCAAGAUGAGUUUUGCAACAGCUCCAUCAGCCCCCUGGAGCAAGUUGAAACAGCUCCCUGUCCACUGUCAUCCUUCCAUCCUCUGGUGGACUGCAGCACUGGCGUUGUGUCUGUCACAUGGAACAACAGCGUGCCAGGGGUCGUGUACACUGUCUCUGCUGUGGAUACUGAAGGUUACAUCCACAACUGCAGUGGCACAAACAGUGGCUGUGAUAUUAACACACUGGAGUGUGGGACUGAAUACAAUAUCACCAUCACACCGUCCAGGGAUACUUGUGUAGGCAGAGAAAGCAAUGCCAAAAUGAUAAAAACAGUUCCCUGUGUGCCUCAGUUGUCAGAUGUGGAGAUUGACUGCCUGACAAACUCAGCAUGGGUGAUGUUUGAAAAUACUGCUGGUGCUGAAGGAUACGUCAUCACUACAACAAACAGUCAAGGUGCCGUCCAGACAUUUGAGUGCAACUCCACAUCAGAUGGGAUGUGUGCUCUGCCAACACUGAACUGCAGCCAGAAUCUCACCUUUACCAUGAAGGCCCAGAACGAACAGUGCAUCAGUUCAGCCAGCAAUGCUGUCACCACCGAAACAGCGCCAUGUCCUCCUCAGGGCAUAUUGGAAAACGUCAACUGCGACAACGGAUCUCUCUCAAUCACCUGGGCAGCAGUUCCUGGAGCAAUAACAUAUACAGCUACGCUAGAGGAGCUCAGUGGUGGCACACCUAGCUGCUGCACCACUUCCACUACUGGGUGUGAUAUCAGUGACCUGCCAUGUGGAAAGAUGUACAUCCUGCAUGUUACAGCUGAGGGGCGAACCUGCAACAGCUCAGAGAGCAACGGGGUCAUCACAAGGACUGUGGCAUGCGUUCCAGAGAACCUUGAAGCAAAUCUGAUCUGCAGCAACAAUGUGGCCUCAAUGUCAUGGAGCUACAGUCGAGGUGGACAGCUCUACGUGGUGAGAGCGGUGGGCACCAACGGCCAUGUGUCCGAGUGCAGCUCUCCAUAUAACCGGUGUGAUCUGACCGACCUGCUGUGUGGAGAGCAAUACACAGCUACCGUGACUGGGGAGGACAUACGAUGCAAGAGCAAACCGAGUGACAGUGUGAAGAUCAAGACCGUACCGUGCACUCCUGAGAAUACGUCCUCUGUGAUGGACUGUGAGGUCAAUUCUCUCAUCGUCUCCUGGUCUGAGAGCGCAGGAGCCGACUCUUACAUUGCAACGCUGCAGGACAGCCAUGGACAGAGCACAACUUGCCAGGCAACAACAGAGGGCUCAUGCAACGUGACGGGACUCGGCUGUGGCCAGGUCUACCACGUCUCUGUGGUCUCCUCUGAUGGAUACUGCAACAGCCCGUCCACAGAUGUGCUAAACACACCUUCAGUGCCAUGUAAACCAAGAAACAUCAAGGCAGUGAUGGACUGCUACACAAAAACAGCCCAUGUAUCGUGGUACCCAAGCGACGGAGCUUUAUCCUACUUGGUCGUGGCCUCCACUGCGUCCAAUCAGAACGUCACCUGUGAAACCAACAUGACCUCUUGUGAGCUGGAAGGGCUGCAAUGUGGUCAGAGCUACUCUGUGUCCGUGAAAUCUAUGGGAGGAAGUUGCUGCAGCAGCGCCAACAUGACAGGAGAGCUGCUCACUGAACCUUGCCUUCCUGAACAAAUCACCCCCCUGUACAGCUUAAGUAUUGGCCAAGUGCAGUGGGACAAGGCUGCUGGUGCUGCUAACUACACGGUCAAAGGGGAAACCGAGCACGGCCUCACAGUUUCUUGCGCCACCAGUGAUAACUUCUGUGCCUUAUAUAACAUGGUGUGUGGACAGGUGUACAAUAUCACUGUUGCAGCACACAGUCGUGUGUGUCAAGAUGUGUCCAUCUCUACUGAAGAAGCUGCGAUUAAGACAGAGCCUUGUCCACCUAACAACGUGGAGACUAAUGUGAACUGUCAGGAUGACCUGGGAAUUGUAUCAUGGGAGGCCAGCUGGGGCGCUGUGGCCUAUGAAGUUCAGCUUGCAGGGCGUGAUGGCCACUCGCUGACCUGCUACACAAAUACCACUUUCUGCAACGUUAAAGACCUCCACUGUGGGGUGAUCUACCACACCAACGUUAUUGCCAUUGGGGAGAUCCUCAACAGUAGCCAGUCCAACACUGUGCUGCUGACAGCAGCUCCCUGUACAGCUGGGAACGUGGUGGCUAGCUAUGGCUGCAACAACAACACAGCUGAGGUCUCUUGGAGCUACAGCGGAGGGGCCAGCUCCUAUAUAGUAACUGCUGUAUCACUGGAUGGGUACCGGGCCUCCUGUAACACUAGUGAACUUCGGUGUGAACUGUUGCAGCUGGAGUGUAGUCAAACCUACAACAUCACUCUCACAACUGGGAGCAACCAAUGUCAGAUUGAGAAGCAGACUGGAGUUUCCUUCAGCACACGCCCAUGUAAGCCGCAGCGUGUUGGAGUGGACCUCAGGUGUGGAACAAGCACAGCCAACAUGUUCUGGCAUGAAAAUGAAGAUGUAGAGCUCUUCAUGGCUACUGCCACCAGUAGCAUGGGGAUGACUCUGCAGUGUAACACCACCAACUCCACCUGCGAGUUCCCUGAUUUGGAUUGUGGAGAAAAAUAUGUGUUUUCUGUCACUGCGUACAGUAACAUGUGCUACAGUGAAAACAGCAGCUCUGUGGUGAUUCAGACAGAGCCAUGCCCGCCGACUGGCCUGUCAGUUAACGGAUCAUGCAAUGAUGAGACAGUUAUGGUGGAUUGGUUGGAAGCUCAGGGGGCCCAAAUGUAUGUUGUAAAAGCUGCUGGCGAUCUGGGGUAUAUUUCAACUUUCCAAACCAACGCAACAAAGAUAGAAACCAAUCUUCCCUGUGGACAGCUGUUCACUUUCACGGUAAUAGCACAAGAUAACCGAUGUGAGAGUGCUGUCAGCCAGCCUAAAGAAUACAAGACAGGUCCCUGCGUCCCUGAGCAGGUGCAGAGCUACACACGCUGCGAGGACAGUCUUGGUUCUGUGAGCUGGACCAUGUUCGCAGAUGCAGAGUCGUACCUGGCCAUAGCAGUGGGAGAGGACGGCCACACCCACGAGUGCAGCACAAACACCACCAACUGCACUUGGGACGACCUACACUGUGGUGAAAUAUACACAGUUAACGUCAUCUCUCUUGACUACGAGUGCACAAGCAUGCCGAGCAACAGCACAACAAUUCGGAUGGCACCAUGUAUACCUCAAGAUUUGAAAUCAUCUAUUAACUGCAGCACAAAGGUUGGAUCACUGACCUGGAAUGCUAGUGAGACCGCUGAGUUUUACAUUGUUACUGCAGAGACAAACAGUGGCCACCAAGUGCAGCUAAGCACCAACGACACUUGGACUUUCAUUUCUGAGUUCAUGUGCGGUCAGGAGUAUUUCCUGUCUGUUCAGGCAGCAGACUCCGAGUGUACAAGUCGUCCCAGCCAGCCUUCAACACUUUUUUCAGAGCCAUGCCCUCCCACCGAUGUGGACAGUGUCUUGAACUGCUUCUCCAACAUUGCUCUGUUGUCGUGGAGCGGCUCAGCAGGGGCAGAGUACUACACCGCCACAGUAACUGCAGAAGAUGGCCAAAUUAUGAACUGCGCAUCUGAAAAUGAGCAGUGUGCCAUUCCCAACAUCCCAUGUGGGAAGAACAACUUAGUAACAGUAGUCGCUUCUAAUAGGAUCUGUGAUUCUGACCCCAGUGAGGCUGACAUACUGCAGUCUGUUCCUUGUGUUCCUACUGAUGUGAGAGCAACAGUGAACUGCUCCGAAAAUGAGGCGAUAGUGUCCUGGCGUGCCAGUGAUGGAGCUCUGGUAUACAAAGUGAGAGCAGUGAGCACACAGGGCGCGGAGUCUGACUGUACAGCUGGAGACACAAAGUGUGCUUUGACCAACCUGACUUGUGGACAACAGUACUAUGUCCAGGUUAUAGCACAGGACAACAUCUGUUCAAGCUUGCCAAGCCCAGCUGUUAUGUUUGAAUCAGUUCCCUGCACACCCAACAUUGGCUCUGUGAUUUUGGACUGCUACACCAACUCGGCCCUUCUGGACUGGGUGUAUUCUGAGGGCGCCUUAAACUUCAUUUCCACAGCCCGGUCCGCCAGUGGUCAUGUUUCGUCCUGCACCACCAACCUCACUAACUGUGAACUGGAGAACCUCCAGUGUGGCCAAAUGUAUGACGUUUUCACUGUGGCUUCAAAUAAUCAAUGCAACAGCCCACCAAGUGCCAUAUUACAAGUGGAAUCAGUGCCUUGUCCUCCUGGACAUGUUGAGGCAGUUCUGGACUGUGACAGUAACUCAGCUCAGGUGGAGUGGCAGGCCAGCAGCAGGGCUGACUCUUACAUCGUCCAAGCUUUCGGCGUGCAAGAACACGAAACCAACUGCUCAACAGACUCACAGUCCUGCAUCCUUCCCGAACUCCUGUGCGGCUUUACUUACAACAUCAGCGUGAUUGCUGUUAACAGAGUGUGCAGCAUAUCACGCAGUGAAGUGAUACAACUACAAGCAGUACCCUGUGUACCUGAUCUGGUGGAGGCCCGAGUGGUUUGCGAGUCCGGUGGAGUAAUGGUGUCCUGGCAGCAGACCAAAGGGGCUUCGUCCUACACAACAAUGGCACAGGGCAGCGGUGGAUACGCUUCAGUGUGCAACAGCACUACAACGUCUUGCCUUUUAGAUGACGUGCUGUGUGGCCUGAAUUACUCUAUCACCGUCAUUGCUUCAAGUGACACGUGUAGCAGUCCUGAAAGCUCUUCCGUGGAGAUCGACACAGUGCCAUGUGUGCCACAGAAAGUUACAGCUGAGAUGGUGUGCAGCAAUAACACUGCCAUAUUAUCAUGGGAAGAAGAUGAGGGGGUCACUUCGUACCAUGUGGAAGCCUUUGGACCCGACGGUCACCUAAUGUACUGUAACAGCAUUGAAAACAGCUGUGAGCUUCCUGGCAUGCACUGUGGCCAGCGCUACAACCUAACAGUCACAGCUCAAGACGGACGCUGUGACAACAGCAACGCCUACCUCAGCCUAAAGUCUGUUCCUUGUAAGCCCACCAACGUCAGAGCUUCCCUACGCUGCCACACAAACUCUGCUGCAGUGACAUGGGAGCGGGCCAGCGGAGCAGCCUCUUAUGUUGCAGUGGCUGUUACUGCAAAUGGGAGUCACAGGGCAGAGUGUAAUAACACAAUGAGCUACUGCGACUUGGACGACCUGCAUUGUGGACAGACCUACAUUGUCAGUGUGUUUGGCCAGGAUGAGUCGUGCUCUAGUGUGGAGAGCAGCGAGUCUUAUGUACGGACAGCUCCAUGUUCACCUCAGAAUGUGACUGUAGAUGCACAAUGUGCAGAAGGGGGCAUGGUUGUUUCCUGGUCUCCCAACCCUGAUGCCCAGUACUUCCAUGUGGCGGUAGUGAGCAACACUGGAGCGAGAUUGUACUGUAACUCCAGUGACAAUGCUUGCUCUAUAAACAAUCUGCCUUGUGGGCAGCACUACAACAUCACAGUCAUAUCUGUUAGAGAUACUUGUGAGAGCAAACCAAGUGCUGUGGUAGCAAGUUCCUCAGCCCCAUGUGUUCCUACAAAGCCUAGUGGCCAUCUGGACUGUGUGUCAAACUCAGCAUGGGUGACAUGGACGCCCUCAGCUGGGGCAACCAGCUACUUUGCACUGGGCAUAGCAGCCAGCGGUCAUAACUCCAGCUGCUCCUCCUCAUCCUCCCCCUGUGAAGUAGCAGAUCUGAAAUGUGGGACUCUCUACAUCUUCCAUGUCACAGCAAUUAACAGGCACUGCAGUAGUAAUCACAGCAUCACCUUUGAGAUUGAGACAGGUCCCUGUGCUCUAGAAGCCAUCAGUGCAACAACUUCAUGCAACAGCAACACCAUCCUCGUUGAGUGGAAGCAAAUGCUGGACUCCCCUCUCUACCUGGUUACAGCUGAAGCUGAGGAUCAAAGGCAGAUUUCCUGUAACAGUUCAUCAAAUUGGUGCAUCCUCCAAGAUGCUCGCUGUGGUUUGCACUACAGCAUCAUAGUCUCAGCUUCUUCUGACAAGUGCAGCAGCCUAAGAAGUCCCCCAACAAAGAUCAAAACAGCCCCCUGUGUCCCGAGCAAUGUGACAACGGUGCCGCUGUGUGAGAGCAAGGGGGCUGUGGUUUCAUGGGAAAAAUCUUCCGUGGCCUUAUCUUACCAGCUGACGGCCACAGGACAGGAUGGGCACUUUGUGGACUGCAACAACACGGCGAACAACUGCACCCUGUCUGACCUUCACUGUGGUCAGAGGUAUAACUUAAACAUCACUGCUGUAGGAGAGAACUGUACCAGCUACCCCAGCCUCUCAUCUUUUAGAACAGUUCCUUGUCCACCUUCUAAUCUCACUGUGGAUAUCGACUGCCGGACCAACUACGCCAGUCUGUCUUGGGAUUACAGUGAAGGAGCUGUGGAAUAUUUUGGAAAUGCAGCAUCUAUGGAUGGACGAGCACUCUACUGUGACAGCAGUAACACUUCCUGUAUGCUUGAAGGCCUACAGUGUGGUGACACCUACAACUUCACACUUAAAGCGUUUGAUGGUAUCUGCAACAGCUCCAUCAGCUCGCCUCUGCAAAAAGGAGCAGCUCCUUGCCCUCCAUCUCGUCUGAAUGUUCGGAUGCAGAGGAUAAAACAAAUGUACUGGGCCAUGAUAUCAUGGGACAAAGUCAACUGUUCAGACGUUGAGUAUUUGGCUGAAAUCAAAGGGCAGAUUGGAAACAACCCACAAAAGCUGAUGAAGGUUUCCUCCUACUGGCUGCUUAGGCCUUAUUUUGAGCUGCCAAUGCCUUGUAGUACAGCUUUUACUGUAGCUGUCUACUCCAGAAACUCUGGUGGAGUCAGCAAGCCAUCCACAAUCUUCUCCGGGAUCACAGAGCCCUGUGCUCCACAGAGGGUGAAAUACAGUGGGAGCACGGCAUCGGCCAUUUUGUCCUGGGACGCGUCAGUCUUUGCAACAAAGUACACCGUGUACAAUGUCUCAGGGGGCAGCCAUGUGAAGCUCUGCAACACCACAGAGCUUUCAUGUCAGCUGACCAACUUCAGUCCUGAGUCCACCAAAGUAACAGCCACCAACGCUGUGGGAGAAAGCAACCCAAGCCAAAACAUAACAGGUCCAGUAAGUUCACGCAGAAAGCGAGAUCUGCGACCCACGCAACUUUAUGCUUAUGAAGAAGAAAAUCUUGAAACCCCAGAGGUGUUGUCUGUAACAGUAAGUGGAGGGUCCUUGUAUGUCAAGUGGAGGAUGGUGAAGGGCGCUACCGAAUAUGAGAUCAUCAUUGAAGAGGAGCAGAAGGCGGGGCAGACAACUCAGCUGCCCAGAGUGAGAUAUACAGAUGGGGAUUUUUACACAGAGAUGGACCUCAAGCCCAUGACCACCUACUGUGUCAGAAUGGCAGCAAAGGACGACCUCAGCCAAAGCAACUACUCUUGGCCAACAUGCAGAAAAACGGGUGUUUUGUAAAGGAAACAAUAUAAGCUGAUAGAGACUGGACGAAAGAAAGAUUUUAUCUGGUUUAAAAAAACUGUCUUUUCCAAUAAGUAGCAUUCAUCACAGAUUUUUUCUGGUUUGUUCUCAAAGAACUUUAGGAAGAAAACUCAAAUAUGAUUGCAUUAAUGAGGCCAAUUAUUUUCUUUAAGGUACAUUUUACUAAUUUCAGAGAAAUGAUAAUCAAAACGGGGACAAACAUUUAGCCAUUUUUAGCUGUCUAAAGAUAUUGCUCAAGUCAUAUUUAUCAAAAAUUGUUACAUGUUUAAAAUAGCUCAUUAGACAUUUUGGAUGAUUGUUAACCAAACUGAAAGCAAUAAACUGAUUAUUUAUCAAGAGGUAUCUUUAAAACCAUCCUGUAUAUUUUCUUGGUGAUCUCCUUGUGAAUUUUUUUCUUAUCGGUCCUAUGAUGAUGAAAUAAAUAAACUAAUCUAUGACUUAUCAA